ACGUCAAUAGGAGCAAUCGUAUAUCGAAUUGAUCCCGAAAUUGUACCUUUUGAUAUUACACCAUUUUCUGGUGACAUAUUUAGUCGACAUGGCAUACCAAAUGGUCAUUAUCAUUUUGAUGUGGUUGCUACGGACUCUUCUGGACAGGAAGCACGAGCAAAUGUUCGUAUUUCGGUUGGAACAGGGAUGGGUCGAAAAUAUCGGUUCAAAGAUAAAGUAAAAGAUUCAGAAAGAAAUCAAGAAUCAACCUCAGACAGACAUUUUUUGAGAAAUAAACGGAAUCUUGGGCACGAUAUUUUGUUAACUUUAAAAGAAAACCAUUCUCUUGGGUUACUAAAAACGAAGAUCAAUCUUGAUUCAAACGAGAAUAUCAUGCUGGCUCCGAUUACAACGGAUUAUCUUCGAAUACAUAAUAAUGGAUCAAUUGAGCUUAUCAAACAGCUCAAUUAUGAACUUGAAAUGUCCCAUCAAGCAGCUGUACAGAUUAGCGGUCCUUUAAAAGGUAUGCUAAAUUAUUUUAUUAGUGAAUGA